AUCAACGAGCAGUAUAGUGGCAGAGACUGUACCAUCACCUCCACUCAAAAGCAAUCGACUCUCAAAGGCAAUAGAUAGUAAUGGAAGUACGGUGAUUCAAUAAUUUACAAGUUUUUCGGUUGUUUCACAGCUUCUCUUUUUGUGUCACUCUGUCACUUGACUGAUAGCUCUGCGUGAUAUACAUAUUAUGUAGUAACGAUGAAGUCAGAUCAUUUCUGCCCAGCACUAACCAAAGACAUUGUGACCUUGCCAGGGCAGCGUGACGAGAUGCGACGCUCCAAUGCUAUGCACGACGACGCGUUUCUUCGACCAAACGGCGGUCAUAUUUGAAGCUGAGGGAAGAGAAAGAUAAUGACACAGCUGAAUCGAUCGACCGGAUCGAUGAAAGGAAUCGGACGGAUUUACGAAUGAAGUUGAAAAGAAACGCGGUGGACAAGGAGGAGGAGGAGGAGGACGAAGAAGAAAAGCACAAGAUAGAAGUCAUUCAUUCAAUAUCAGACAAACGAACGAGAAUAUUAACAUUAAUACUACGAAAGAUAACUACUUUGCAAUCGCGUUGGUGGUCGACAACUUGAACUUGUCGUCACUUCGUGUGUCCGAUGCUGAACGAAAGACUCGAGGCGGACAAUACAUUGGCGGACGGGGAACGUAAUGUUAGUGCCGUGGUUACCGGUCCGACGUUUUCAUCGUUAUCGUCGUCGUGUACAGUGCCCUAUAUCGGCACCGAUCAGGACUACGUGUUCGAAGGUGGCGGUAUGUCGAUGUUGCAGCAGCUUGGUGCAGGCGGUCGCGGAAACACCGAUUGUAUUAGUGGCGGAGGAGAUCUCGGGUUCAAUGCAUCGAUAGGAGGAUCGGGGACUGGAUUAGGUGGUGGGAUUGGAUUCGGUGGAAUCGGUACUGAAGGAACUGCGGGAGGAAUUGCAGUAAUGGGUGGAAGAGGAGGAGGAGGAGGAGGAAGUGGUGGAAACAUGAAUAAGGAAGUUCGUUACGCUCCAUUCGUGUCAUCUGUAGGUCCAAUCAGUACCGUAGCCCCAAUAAACCUGCAAUCUUUACCACCUCCACCGCCACCUCCACCACCGCCUCCACCGCCGACGCCGCCGCCGCCAUCGCCGCCACCACCGCCACCGCCCCUACCGCUGCAAAUGCAGCAGCGUGCCUUUUCCAAGUCGAUGACAUCCCUACCACCGGAGCCGUUCAUGAUUAUGCGUUCGAAGGCUUUAAAUCGGCGCGUUUCAAUUAAUGUUGGUGGCGUGAAGCACGAGGUACUCUGGCGUACUCUCGAGCGGUUGCCACAUACGCGCCUAGGUCGACUAAGAGACUGCAAUACCCAUGAGGCAAUAACUGAACUCUGCGAUGAUUAUUCUCUAAUCGACAAUGAAUAUUUUUUCGAUCGACAUCCUAAAUCAUUUAGUUCUAUUCUUAAUUUCUAUCGUACUGGCAAGCUUCAUCUAGUAGAUGAGAUGUGCGUUUUGGCGUUUAGUGAUGAUCUCGCAUAUUGGGGUGUUGACGAGCUCUAUCUUGAAAGUUGCUGUCAGCACAAGUAUCACCAGCGUAAGGAGCACGUACACGAGGAGAUGCGCAAGGAGGCAGAGUCACUUCGACAACGUGAAGAAGAAGAAUUCGGUGAGGGAAAGUGCGCUCAAUACCAGAAAUGGUUAUGGGAUCUUUUGGAGAAACCAACUACCUCCAUUGCGGCACGGGUGAUAGCUGUGAUAUCAAUACUCUUUAUUGUGCUUUCAACGAUCGCACUAACUCUCAACACCAUUCCUAGUAUGCAAGUAAAUGACGAGAAGGGAAACUUUCAAGACAAUCCGCAGCUCGCUAUGGUGGAGGCUGUGUGCAUUUCGUGGUUUACUCUUGAAUACUUGCUUAGGUUCAGUGCCUCGCCGGACAAAUGGAAAUUUUUCAAAGGCGGUCUUAACGUGAUCGAUUUGCUGGCGAUACUACCAUACUUCGUAUCUUUAUUCCUGGUCGAAACCAACAAAAAUGCGAACGACCAGUUCCAGGACGUGCGCAGGGUAGUGCAGAUCUUUCGUAUAAUGCGGAUCCUAAGGAUCCUGAAAUUAGCCCGUCAUUCGACCGGGCUACAGAGUCUCGGCUUCACUUUACGUAACUCGUAUAAAGAGUUAGGAUUACUGAUGCUUUUCUUGGCAAUGGGCGUCCUCAUAUUCUCGAGUCUCGCCUAUUUUGCCGAGAAGGAGGAACCCGGGACCAAAUUCAUAAGCAUUCCAGAGACCUUCUGGUGGGCAGGCAUCACAAUGACCACCGUCGGAUACGGCGACAUCUACCCCACGACCCCGCUCGGCAAAGUGAUCGGCAGUGUGUGUUGUAUAUGUGGUGUCCUGGUAAUCGCGUUGCCCAUUCCCAUUAUCGUCAACAAUUUCGCCGAAUUCUACAAAAAUCAGAUGAGACGGGAAAAAGCCAUCAAAAGACGAGAGGCUCUUGAGAGGGCCAAACGGGAAGGCAGCAUCGUGUCUUUUCAUCAUAUCAACUUGAGAGACGCUUUCGCCAAGAGUAUGGAUCUCAUCGACGUCAUUGUCGAUACUGGUCAUAACAUGUCUGGAGUGGAUGGUAACAGCACGGAGGGGGAAUCUGCGUGCGGUCGUGGACCUGCUCAGACUGGACCCGGUUGCUACCGCAAUUACGAGCAUUAUAGUUUAUCGCGGCAUCGGCGCAGUACAUCUAAUGCUUGUUUCCCGAAUUUAUCGAAUGAUCUGCCUACUACGCCUAACAGCCCGAACCGUCGGCUCCUCGAUUUUGUCCAGAAUGUACCGAGUUCCCAAAACGAUGAUUUCUAUCAGGAGAAAUUGCCGGCGCAGCAUGUUAACCAGGGAAAUAUGACUUCUAGCGAAUACAAAGACUUCACGGACCCGGAGAACAUAAUGCCCCUUGCUACAAGUGACUUUCGUAAUCCAGUAUGUCAAGAAAUGAGGUCCCUUAGAUUUAAUAGCGGCAAUGGUAUUGGUGGAAGCGGCGCAGAACAUUUAAGUUCAUCACUUAUGGAAUCAAAGGUCUCUCCAAUUCAGCCAUUGGAAACGUUAAGCUUCGCAAGUAUGUACAACGAGCAGGAGUAUCAUUAUGCAAAGACUUACAAUGAACAGGGAAGCAUCGACAGUUCAGAUACAUAUGCGAGCUGUCAAACACAUCCGUCACAUUCACAGGGUGAUUUGACUGAAGACGCAGAUAGUAAUCUUUACAUAAAUCCUCUGGAGGCAACGGAAAAAUUCAAAACAAGUCAGAUGAAAAAAUCAAUUUCUGGUGAGGUUGGCCGAAACAUCAUCGCUGAAACAUUGCCUAGCGCUGAAUCUUUGAGGGAGGCCAGUAAAGUUAACCUGAAUGAUAUGAUGCCCAAACAUAGGAAAAUUAGAAUCCAACAAAGCAUAAAACCACGGACGCAAUUCAUUAGUGAUCAAGAGAGUAUAGUUAUGCGCAGUAUCUUAAAGGAAGAUACUGCCGCGGAAGACAACAAUAAUCAUUAUGGAGGGCUACGUGGUGGUAAACCUUCCCCGCUUAUGUCAACAAAUAGCUUGGCAUCCGCUACACGCAUAAUUAAUUAUCACAUGUUUGGGUCUCUUGGCGCGCCAAAGCAUUAUAGAGAAACAAGCGUGGAGAAUAAGCUUUCGCUAUCGGCAGACUCUAUAGAUAGUGGUGGAAUGCCAUUCAUAGACCAACACCGAAUAUCAAAGUCGAUUCUAAAGAAAUCCGAUAGUGGUAAUAAUUACUAUAGCAAUGCUGGUGAUUCGGAUACUGAGAAACUGAUUACGGACAGCAUGUCCACAGCAAGCAUAUGUGAUAAUGAGACAAGCUCAUGUGAUGCCUCAGCCAAUACAAAUAACGUGUGUACAAAAAAACGUCCAAUGUCGCCGUUAUUUUCGCGACAGGUUCUUGAAUCGAUAUUCCUCACCAAUAACAACAUUGAGAGAGAGUGUACAAGCGAUAAAGGGGAUAAAAAAGUUAGCGUCUCAAGGAAGUCGAGAAUUCUAUUUAGUGAUAUUGAAGAGGAGAAACAUGCUCGUGAUGAAGCAGUAGUGGAGAAUCAAAAUAAAGAAUUGGAUGACCAGUCAUGGAGGUCGAAGAUACGUGUACAGGAGCAAUCUAAAGAAACUAUGUUAAUACUACGUCCCUACAAAACGAAGAAAUCGAUGGCAGAGGAAAAAAAGAAAACUAAUAAAUUGAGUGGACAUAGUUCUUCCACAACUUACAAGAUGUCUGACGCGAAUUAUUUUUCUCCGAAAUACAAUUUUUCAUCAUAACUACUUCCUCAAUUUCAAUAAUUGUUGCUAUUAGACAUUAUAUUAUGUAGUUGCAUUAUCAUCGGACAAUCGCAUUACAUAUCCUCUUAUAGUAAUUCAGAUUAAUUAAUUGUAUAAUACGUCAAUUAGGCCUGUUAAAAUUUAUUCCAACAUUUUGUCCCUAAUCUUUCAUUAAAACCAAUGAAAAAACAAUAAUGAAUUAAUCAUGACAGCGGCGCAAUUGAUUAUUUCAGUAAACAUAUGUAUAUGUAAAUAUAGGAAUCACACACAAUAAUACAUCAUUAACGAUUGUUAAUGUUCAUGUAAUGAUAUCAAUACGAAAUAGUAUCGGAAGAUUAUAUAAUAUAAUUAGCUAUCAUUUUGCACAAUGUGAUCAAUAAUGUUG